AUGUCCCACUACGACUUCGUAGAUACGGAUGAAUACCAACUAAUGAAUAAUAUGCUCAAAGUCGAUCGUGGAAGGAUCCGACAAUUAGAAGCCAAGGCCAACGAGCACCAGAAGGUGCUCACCGAGCAGGACGCCAGAAUCAAGGAGUUGGAGACUAAGGAUACAAAAUUGGAGGCAAAAAUUGAUGAGCAACAACAAAUUAUCUCAACUCUUCAAGCCAAUCUGGAACAUGUCAUGAAGCGUCUCGAGUCUCUGGAAAUCAAGCCAAUUGAGAAAAAUCUGGCGGUUCAAGAGAUUAACGAUCUGAAAAAGGAGGCGGAGCCCAAAGAUUCAGAAGGCAAGGAGGCGGAGCCUAAAGGGGCGGAGCUAAAAGAUUCUGAGACUCACAAACGUGAGAAUAUCCCAGAUGUCCUUGAGCUCUACAAAAAGUAUUUGAAAUCUCUAAUCGAGCAAGGCAGGAAGGAGGCGGGUCUCAACAAUCCGAAAAUUGGAAUUCUGGAGAAAUCGGCGGAGCUUCAGGAUUCUGAAGCUCGAGUUCCGAGCGCGGAAUUUCAGCUAUUGAAAAUAAAGUCAUUGACUCGUAAAAACACGGAACUCAAUCAGGAAAAUCAAAAAUUGACCGAAGAAUUAAAAAAUUCUCAGAUGGAACUGACUCUAGACAAUUGCCAGCUGGCGGAUCUGAAACAAGGAUUCGGGAAGAAAUUGAAUGAGAUGCAAAACCGCUAUGACGAUUUGAUUAAUAAGGUAGCGACGCUGGAAUCCAUGAAUUUGAAAGAAACUUUCGACAAAAAAAGAGCGGAAAUCGAGGUGGAGGAGUUUAGCAAGGAGCUUGAAGCGGUCAAUUUGAAGAAUGAGGAUUUGGAGGCGGAGCUAGCGGAGCUCAAAGGGAAAAUGGCUGAAAAGAAGGAAGAGGAGGAGUCACUCAAUCUGAAAAAUCGCGGAUUGGAGGCGGAGCUUACCGAUCUCAAAUCCAAACUGGCUGAAAACAAGGAAAGACAGAAGAAGGAUCAAAAGAUUAUGGAGGCGGAGCUAGCAGAGCUGAAAGGGAAAUUGACUAAAAAGAAGGUUUCGCUCAAACACGUCUUUGAGUUCCGAGCCGUCAACCAGAAAAACCAAGAUUUGGAGGCGGAGCUUACCGAUCUGAAAUCCAAAUUUGCUGAAAUCCAGGAAGAACAAAUCAGUGUCAAUCUGAAAAACGACAAAUUGGAGGCGGAGCUCACCGACCUCAAGACCAAACUCGUCGAAAAAGACGAGCAUAUCGUAAAAUACCAGGAAUUCGCCAAGAAAACAUGGAUCGAGGGAUCCGUACAAAAGCAGAAAUAUAAUAAAUUGGAGGCGGAGCUUGCGAAGAGAUUGGAGGUGGAGAAACGGGCAGAGUAUCAGAGGAUGAUAGAGGAGGCAAGGAGAGAGGGGGCGGAGAAUUCAGAAGAAGAUGAAGAGGAAGAGGAAGAAGAAGAUGAAGAAGAAGAGGAGGAGGAUUCAGAAGAUUCAGAAGCUUCAGAAGCAGAUGAGGAUUCAGAUGAGAGCGGAAAAGAAGACAAGAAGUCGUCGAAUUCCAGCUGGGAGAAGAUUUUUUUUGGAAAUUAA